CCUUCAUUUUUUUUUAAAUCCCAGACACACAACCAUUCUGUACACUCCUCACCUUCACUCCCAAUUGUGAAGAAAAACCCUAAUACGCUAUUGUUCCCAGUCGACACCCCAUCUGUUCCCCUCUCUCUCGCGCAACACCUACUCCGGCGACGGAGCCGGAGGUACCGGUUGGUGCCGGUUGUUCUUGUUCCGAUGUGAUCUCAACCCCAACCACAACCACAAACCUCCUCCUUCCUCUCCGAUCUAAACGAAACCCGGUCACCGGUGCCGGUCGUAUACCGGCCACUGUUGUGGCCAUGUUCUCCAGCGACAAACACACACCUAUAACCCCUCACCCGUUCGUGUCUGACCGGCGACGAAAGUGGUAGCGCCGUCACAAGCGGCGGCGGCGGCCGUUGUUUCCGUUGAAGAUGACGAUGAUGAUUAAACUGAUGACAGUGCUGGGGAUUGACGAAGGUGAUGGUGAUGUUAAUGGAUCGGAGCGGCGGACGGCUGAUAGCGGGUCAGCCGUUCACGGUGGUGGCGGCGGUGGCACUUAUUUCCGACAAAAUCUUACGGUAGCAAUAGUGGUGGUGCUAUUGAACCGGUUAGAGUUUUGGUCUCGGGUUUCAACCCGAGUCAGUCAUGGUCGCAUGAGUUCAGGUCAACAGGGGGUUCUCACAGUUCGGGUUUCGAGUUCAAUGUUCGGGUCAACUCGGUCAACUGGUCAACCCGGGUCAAACCCGGUCAAACCAGUCAACAGCAGUCAACUGGUCAGCCAUGGUUCGGGUCAGGUUGUUUCAGUCUCGGAGUAUGCAGUUUGGUUCAGUUCGAGCGGUUCGGUUUCGGGUCCCGGUCAAAACAAGGUCAAUAGAUUGUCAAACACGGUCAAAUUCGGUCAACUUCAGUCAACGCAAGAUGCGGAAUACUAUAGUUGCACGCUAGCGAGUUCACAUUCUUGGAACGACAUCACGGAAUGACGUUAAGCUAGCUUUGCACAGGAAUGUCAAGGUAUUUCUAGGAUAUGCAGUUGAAGCUGGUGCAUGCUUUGGUAUAUGUAGAUAUGGUAAAGGGACGCGAAUCCGAAUGCCAUAUUUGAAACAUUCAGGUAUUGAUUGAACUGGGUAUGAGAUUUAUUUUAUAAAACAUAUCAUUAUUAAACACGUAGGAGUUAAUGUUCGUUGGAUGACUAUUGACUAGCAUCAGUCAGCGUUGAGUAGGUAUUUGGUGCAAUAUUCUGCCGAUAUUUGCUUUACCAGGGAUCUCCUCGAUCUUCACAGAACCCCUUGAUAAAGGGGCCGGUUCUUAGGAAGAUGAUCAUAUGAUCCUUACAUCUUGUUAGUGUAUUUCGCGGGCUAGGAACAAGGUUGUUUUACAAUAUAAAAGAAUGUCCAUCAAUUGGUUGGAUAUAAAGAUUAAGUGUAUAAGCUUUAUGCGGGUUAAACUUAAUGGGAAAAUUUUUCAUCUCUA